AUGACGGCCAUCCUCCUCCAAUGUGCCCUCGCCGCUGCACAAGACGCUCGUUUCGACUCGGAGGCUUCUGCAAUACAACAAAAUCAUAGGGCGACUCACGGCGACGACCCUUUAAUAGCCUGUUCGUCCUGCUACGGCAGCCUCUUGGACCUCUACAAGGCCAGGUAUUUCAACUGUCCUCCGGCAGACUUGCUGAAAGACCCGUCACUCUCAUCCCAAGGCGAAUGGUUCACAUCCGCCCCCCCAUCUUUUCUUGAAAAGCUGGCAGAUCUUAUCGAAAAGGCAAAGCAGUAUCAGAUCCAUCCAGGCCUUCUUGACGAACAUGUAAAGAAACAAAAAGAGCGAUGGUAUGCCGACAGCCUGACGACGCUGAGAUUGAGAUCCAUGGGGCAAGACGAGGACAAGGCAGCCAUCGCCGAACAACUAGAAAGGUUCACCGCAGGAUCGGCACCAAUCGAGGAGCUCAUGACUGCUGUAUCGACAUCGUUGAAGAAGUUGUCAGGCAGCGAAAAUCCGCCAAUAGAUGAUUUGUCCAAAAGACUUCUUGCAGCCACAAAUCACACUGAGAGGAUAGAGGUGCUCAAGGAAGCCCUCUUUGCGACACCAUCACAACCGACUGACGGUAGCCCGAGUGGCGAGGUGCCCGAGGUCCACGCAAAAUACUACAACAUGCUCGCACAAGAGAAUGCCAGCAUGGAGCAAGUCAAGGACGCAAUCUUGAGUGAUCACCAAAGAUUGUCUAGCGCCCAGGACGAGAUCAAAAAGGUCGAGGCAAGGCUGGCGGAGCUGAGGAGAGGGCAGGCUGCCUACGAGCUGGAGAAGGCCAAAAAGGCAGAAAACAAGAAACGGCUUGCCGAGCAGCAGAGGAGCGUGAUACCUGACGGGCUGACGAACUUGCCACCAUGCUCGGUGUGCCGGAAUCCCGUCAACCCUUCGAGCUUCAGACUUUGCACCGUCUGCGCGCUCCUUUCUGGGUACGAGCUCGAGGGCGCAGAGAUGACUGUCUAUUGUGGCUUUGAGUGCGAACACGAAGGAUAUGUAAGUCUGCCUUUUCCCCCUGGCUGUCUGCUCUCGUCUUGGAAGAUACUGAUGCUGUUUUCCCCAUCAGAGAAAUCAUCUCAAGGCUCACAGUUGUUCCGCCGGUCCUACAUGUGUUCACGCUCGUACACUAAGAUGUCGGACGUUCUUGCCACUCCGGCAGACGUCCGAUUCUGCAAGGAAUGUGUUGUCAAUCUGAAGAAGCCCACAGCGUGGUGUUCUCCGGCCUGCGUUCGUGCUCACUAUGCGCAACAUCAUGGGAAAGUCCACGUCGGAGGAGCCGCCGACGGCGAUGAUCGGAUGGAUACCAAUGGGGGGCUGGAAGGCGUUGAUUUCGACAGCCAGCAUUACACCAUUUCUCUGGCGGACGCGGUUAAGGAAUGGGAAGCCAGGAAUGGGGGGGUGCGGUUGGAAGAGUAA